UAACAUUCAUUGUCCAUCAUCCUCAUCAGUUCUAGGAUGGAUAACAAGUCUUACUUGGUUCAGAUGAAUGGGAAUGGAGUUCAUGGCAAAACCACUGUCAAUGGCAGAAGCCUGAAUGGGAACGGAGUCAAUGGGAAGGGAGUGCAUGCCAACGGCAUCCACCACGUCAGUGUGAAUGGCAGUUUGUAUCCGGCCAAAGCCAAAAGCCGCAGGCAGAGAUGGGAAGUGAAGCCCUCAGAGAUGGCCAAAAACACACUCAAUCCCAUCAGGUCCAUUGUGGAUGGCAUGAAGCUCACCCCAAACCCGGAUAAACCCAUGAUUGCUCUUUCCAUAGGUGAUCCAACUGUGUUUGGAAACCUGCCAACAGACAACACGGUGCUUCAGGCCAUGAAAGAUGCUAUAGAUUCCCAAAAAUUCAACGGUUAUGCUCCUUCUGUCGGUUAUCUGAAGAGCCGGAAGGCAGUAGCCAACUUUUACAGCUGCCUUGAGGCCCCACUGGAAGCAGAGGAUGUGAUUUUGACCAGUGGCUGCAGUCAGGCCAUUGACCUGGCUAUCAGUGUCCUGUGUAACCCAGGGGACAACAUCCUGGUCCCAUGCCCAGGUUUCUCCUUAUAUAAGACUCUGGCUGUUUCCAUGGGCAUUGAGGUCAAACUCUACAACCUGCUGCCAGAGAAGUCAUGGGAGAUUGACCUGCAACACUUGGAGAGCCUGAUCGAUGAGAGAACUUCCUGCAUGAUUAUCACUAAUCCCUCCAACCCAUGUGGCUCCGUCUUCAACAAGGAACAUCUACAGAAGAUCCUCAAAGUUGCUUCCAAAAACUGUGUUCCUAUCCUGGCUGAUGAGAUCUACAACGACAUGGUUUUCCAGGGUUGCAGUCCUUCCUUGGCAUCUCUCAGCAGUGACGUUCCUGUCCUUUCCUGCGGUGGCUUGGCUAAACGCUGGCUGGUUCCUGGCUGGAGGAUGGGAUGGAUCCUCAUCCAUGACAGGAAUGAGAUAUUUGGAUCUCAGAUUCGACAAGGUCUGGUGAAACUGACCCAGCGUAUUCUGGGAGCCUGCAGCAUUGUGCAGGGUGCGCUGGAGAGCAUCCUCAACAAUACACCACAAAGCUUCUACAACCACACCCUCAGCUUCCUCAAGUCCAACUCAGAGAUUUGUUUCAAUGAACUGUCCACCAUCCCCGGCCUGAACCCCAUCAUGCCUUCAGGAGCCAUGUACCUCAUGGUGGGAAUUGCCAUGGAUUACUUCCCAGACUUUAAAAACGACGUUGACUUUACUGAACGGCUGGUGACCGAGCAGUCUGUCUUCUGUCUGCCUGCCACGGCGUUUGAGUAUCCCAACUACUUCCGCAUUGUGGUAACAGUGCCGGAGGAGAUGAUGGUGGAGGCUUGUGGUCGCAUCAGGGAGUUUUGCCAACGCCACUAUCGGCCCCUCAGCCAUGACAGCAACGAUCUGGACCAGUGAUGCAGCAGACCUGGACUGGUCUGAUGGAGUGGACGCUGUGGAGACCAAAGAACUGUCCCUCAGUCACACAUACUGAGCUGGAAGCUUUAAAAUUGUAUUCCUCCGAGAUUUGACAUGAGAGAUGUACAAAUCUGAUGGGCGAAACUAUGUUAAUAUCGUCAUCACUGUGGCAACAAAGCGUAUUAGCGACAUAUCUGAUGGUCCAUUGAUGGUGUAAUUUUUGAUAUAAACCGUAUGAAAUGAGCAAACCUAAUAUUUAUAUUUUAUACAGGCAACUUGUAUUAACUUCUAUUUGUUUUUGUAUAUUUAUAUAAUUUGUUUGAGGCUUUUUAUGGCUAUGUAAUGUAACCUCUUAUCAACUGCAGGACUGUAGAGAGUGCAUAGUGUACACAUGAUAUUUUGUCAUAAAACAGGAGAUACUUUAUGCCUGUUCUGUGGGAAUCAGGGGAAGUGAGUAUAUAUUGGAAUAUUCAUUUUUAUAAAUGGUAUGUAUUGAUUAACCGCUGCAUACUUUGCUUGUACUAGAAAACAUCUCAAAAUGCAGUGUCACUAUAUGGCCAUGCUCUUCAUCAAAGUCUUCUCUGUAUAUUGUCUGUGUGUUAAUUGUGUGUCAUAUUGAAUUAUAUGUAUGUAAAUAUAUAUAUAUACGUAGUGGGGUCCAAAACUCUGAGACCACUUUCCCAUUCGUGGUCUCAGACUUUUGAACCCCACUCUCUGUAUUAUAUAUUUUUACAAAUGUUUAUUUAGUAGUAUUGUUACUAGUUACCUAAUAAAAACAUGUUUGUUGAGACAA